AUGAGGAAGAAACUGUUGACAAAGGAGAGAACAAUGAAACUUAAUAUUACUGAAGACAAUGAAUGCAUGCUAUGUGAAGGAAGAACAGAAUCCAUUGAUCACCUCUUCUUUGAAUGCACGUACUCUAGAAUGUGCUUGGCUGAAGUAUUACAGUGGCUGGGGAUGAACAUACAAAACACAGAAGUGAAUGGAAUAGGGAGAAGGAUGGCUAGAAUUGCAAAGGGUAAAGCAGGAAGAUCGUUCACAAAGGCAGCUCUGGCAGCAGUUAUAUACUAUAUAUGGAAAGCUAGGAAUGAAGCAAUAUGGAGGAAAAGAGUGCCUCGACCACAAGUGUUACUAGAACAGAUCCAACUCGCUUGCAAACACAGAUGCAUGGAGAUAAUAAAGAAGAAGAAAAACAAUGGAAACAUGUGUUGGAUUGAACAGUUAUAUAGAUAG